CAUCACAGGGAGCCCUCCAGGAAAUCCCCUUCUAGUGUUUAGUCCACACACGUGAGUCUUCCCCAAAGUUGGGCGAGUGACCUGCCCUACUCUGCAUUCCUUUUGCGUCUCUGACAUGGAGGAAAUGCUGUCUUUUUGGGAUGUGGCCAUUGAUUUCUCUCCAGAAGAAAGGGAAUGCCUGGAGCCUGAUCAGUGGAAUUUGUACAGGGAUGUGAUGUUGGAGAAUUACAGCAACCUUGUUUUUCUUGGUCUUAUUGUGUCAAAGCCACACCUAGUGACAUUUUUGGAGCAAAGACAAGAGCCUUCAUAUGUGCAGAGACAAGCAGCAGCCAACGUGCAUCCAGGAACAACACCUAAUGAUUAUAAUAUUUACAACAAAGCCAUUGAUUGUAACCCACUGCAUAUUCAACACCAGAGAAUUCAUACAAGGGAAAAACUCUACAAGUGUGAAGAAUGUGGAAAGGGCCUAAGUUCUCAUAAAACACUUUCCAUACACAAGAGACUUCAUACUGGAGAAAAACCCUAUAUGUGUAUAGAAUGUCAUAAGGCUUUUAAUACUCGAGCAUCACUUUUUAUACACCAGAAAAAUCAUACUGAUGAAAAAACCUACAAAUGUGAAGAAUGUGGCAGAUUAUUUUACUAUCCUUCAAUGCUGAAGCAACAUCAAAGAAUUCAUUUUGGAAAGAAACCCUACAAGUGUGAAGAAUGUGGCAAAGCUUUUUAUGAGCUAUCAUUCCUUCAGGUGCAUCAGCGAAUUCAUUCUGGAGAGAAACCCUACAAGUGUGAAGAAUGUGGCAAAGCUUUUUAUGAACAUCAUUCCUUCAGGUACAUCAACAAAUUCACACUGCAGAGAAAUCCUACAAGUGUGAAGAGUGUGGCAAAGGAUUUUCUUACUUUGCACACCUUAAGCAGCAUCAGACAGUCCACACUGGAGAGAAACCAUACAAGUGUGAGGAGUGUGGUAAGUGCUUUUCCUUAUCUUCAUCCCUUAGACGACAUCAAACAAUUCACUGGGAAGACAAUCCCUACAAGUGUGAAGUGUGUGGCAGAUGUUUUUAUUCAUCUUUAUCCCUUAGAGGACAUAAAAAAAUCCAUUCUGAAGACAAUCCUUAUAUGUGUGUACAAUGUGGCAAACGGUUUUCCUGUUCUAGGCAUCUUCAGGAACAUCGAACAGUUCAUACUGGAGAGAAACCAUACAAGUGUGAAGAGUGUGGUAAAUGUUUUUCCUUAUCAUCAUCCCUUAGACGACAUCAAAUAAUUCACUGGGAAAACAACCCCUACAAGUGUGAAGAGUGUGGCAGAUGUUUUUACUCAUCUUAUUCCCUUAGAGGACAUCAAAUUAUCCAUUCUGAA